UUUCCCCUUCCCUCUCUCUUCUCUCUCUCCACCGCCAAAAGUCAGCGCCUUGUUUUGUCUCUUUCUUCAACCAAGUCUUUCUCUCUGUUCCUUUGUCCCUCUUAGGAUUAAGAAGCGGAGAAUGGCAGAUGACUGGGAUCUGCAGGCGGUGGUCAGAGGCUGCACCGCCACAACCACCACCACUUCUGGCAGCUCCACCACCACAGCUACAUGCACAGGCAACAGUUUUCGCCCUUUAGGUGGAUUUGAACCGCAUCAAGAUGGAAACUUCCUUUGUUUUCAAGAUCUGUUUUUUGAGCCAAGAAGUCAAAGUAGUAUUAGCGCUGUUGUUGAUCAAGACUUGCAUGAUUUGUACAAACCAUUCUUCCCCAAAUCAUCACCACCCCUUUCUCCACAAAGCAUCCCCAUAUCCCCACUUUCUGUUCUUGGAGGAUUACAAGAUCUGUCUCAACAGCCACCUCAGCAGCAGCACCAGCAGCCCAAAAAACAGCUACAACAACAACAGCAACAAAUAUAUCAACCAAAGCAUAGUAGUACUUUGCUACCUAUUGGUGCUAGCUCUAGAAGUAGUGGUGCUAAUGGUUCUUCGAGUGCAUCCAACCACAGGUCCAAAAGAAGGAAGAACCAGUUGAAGAGAGUCUGUCAAGUGCCAGCCGAAGCUUCAUCUUCUGACAUGUGGUCUUGGAGAAAAUAUGGGCAAAAACCCAUCAAAGGCUCCCCAUAUCCAAGAGGUUACUACAGAUGUAGCACCUCAAAGGGCUGUUUGGCCCGGAAACAGGUGGAGCGAAACAGAUCCGACCCGGGAAUAUACAUUGUCACCUACACAGGCGAACACAACCACCCUAUGCCAACUCACAGGAACUCCCUAGCCGGUAGCACUCGUAACAAGCCAGCAACCCCACAAUCCACCAGUUCCGGUGACCCCAGUAAACCGUCUAGUUCACCACCGGUUUCACCGUCUGCCAGCCUCUCUCCGGCGCCAGAAAAGCUGGAACUAGAAACAAGCAAAGAGGAGAUUCUUGAAGAUGAAGAAGAUGAUGUCAGCGGCUUCGAGAUGGCUAUGGAUGACGAUUUCUUUGAAGGGCUGGAAGAAUUUGCCGGAAAAUCAGCUGUAACAGAUAAUUUCUCCUCUGAUCACUUUCCGCAGAGCAUGCAGCAGCUGCCUUGGCUGGCAAAUAAUGCCAACAGUACCACAGGCACAGCCGCCGGCGGUUGUUGACUUCGCCGGAGCAUUGACUCCUGACAAAGAGCAUAAGAAGCGAGAUGCUUUUCUUCUCGCUCACUUUUCCUUUGAUUUGUAGCAGGCAGCAGAGUAUCUUUUUGUCUGUUAAGAGAAAGUAAAGAGAAUCUUGAGACCACAAUGUUAGUACUGUAGUUUGUAGUAGUAGAAUAAAUAUCUCUUUCUUUCUUUUUCUCUCUCUCUGUUUUUUCUUUUUUUUUGGGAAAUAUUUUUUCCUUGUAAGGUAAUGUAAAAUUCUUCCUUUAUAGUAACCGAGUCUUGUAGAGGAAAAAAAGUAGCUGAUUCCAUAGGAGUAUUGUGUGAUAGUAACGUUGUACUACAAAAAUGGGUUCAGUGAAUUAAUUGAUUUUAAUUAUUGUGAUGAU